GGUCCGUACUCCAUCGUGGUGAAGAUCUCCAGGACGCUGGGCUCUACACGCGUCGCAGCCAUCCCGGACAGCCUUCCUUGCACACUGCCCAAAGGAACCUCUAGGGCCAUGGCGGACUCGUCACUGCUAGCAUCAGAGCUAAACGAAACAGAGACGAUGGGUGAAGAGACUACGCGAUUGGAAGAGCUGCUGUUGCAGGCUUCCAAGGAACUCCAGCAAGCUCAGACAACUAGACCAGAAUCUACACAGAUCCAACCUCAGCCUGGUUUCUGUAUAAAGACCAUCUCAUCAGAAGGCAAGGUUUUUAUCAACAUCUGCCACUCUCCCUCCAUCCCUCCUCCGGCCGACGUGACUGAGGACGAGCUGCUUCAGAUGCUGGAGGAGGACCAGACUGGCUUUCGCAUCCCCAUGAGCCUGGGAGAGCCACACGCUGAACUGGAUGCAAAAGGCCAGGGCUGUACCGCCUACGAUGUGGCAGUCAACAGCGACUUCUACCGGAGAAUGCAGAACAGCGAUUUCUUGCGGGAGCUCGUGAUCACUAUUGCCAGGGAGGGCCUUGAGGACAAAUACAGCUUGCAGCUGAAUUCUGAAUGGCGGAUGUUGAAGAACCGACCUUUCCUGGGCUCCAUCUCGCAGCAGAACAUCCGGUCUCAGCAGCGUCCUCAGAUCCAGGAACUGGGGGACCUAUACACGCCCCACUCUCAGCGAGCUGAUGAAGGGCGGGAGAAGCCUCACUUGAAUCUUUGGCUGGAAGCCCCUGAUCUCCUUUUGGCUGAAAUUGACCUUCCCAAACUGGAUGGAGCCCUGGGGCUGUCUCUGGAGAUCGGGGAGAACCGCCUGGUGAUGGGGGGCCCCCAGCAGCUGUAUCAUCUGGAUGCCUACAUCCCAUUGUGGAUCAACUCUGAGGAAAGCAAGGCAGCCUUCCACAAGAAAAGAAAGCAACUACUGGUGGCCAUGCCCCUUCUGUCUGUCCCUUCUUGAUCAGAGUGUCCCCCCCCUGGAUUUCCAAAUAUGGAGUGGCUGAUGGCUUCUCUACAGUUGAAAUAAAAGAUGUUUGCUUUGUUCU